CAGCGGAAGUGGGCGGAGAGACCAGUUGGCGAGGUCCCCCCUCCACCAGAGUACCAAUCACUGAGAACCGCCCUCAGAGACGCUGAGGAUUUGACCUACUCGGAUUUCGUCAAGAAGCUGACUGCCGUCAAAGACGACUCUAUGGGCGCCUGCUUCAUAGCUGACCUUGACCCGGGCUUGACAUUGGCUCCUGAAGAAAAAGCUAAAAUAGCAGCAGAAGAGAGCGCCAAGCAGAUCUCCUUAUCAAGCCUCUUCCGGGAGUUUUAUUGGGUGAAGUAA